AUGUCUCACACCAGACCAAGCUACUUGGGAGCGGAGCAAACAAUGAUAGCUGCUAUACACCCUCUCUGCGGUGAUCCUGCUCUUUGGUAUCUCAAGAUUAUGGCUCUAGACGAGAGAACACGUCUGCUGGCACAGCAGUCGCCCACCCGGUCCGCCCCGUACCCGGAAUGGAACGGCAAGGCCGCCGAGCCGGAAGAGGCUCCGAGCCGGUUCGGCCUCUGGCAGAUUGGGGCCCUCUUCGGCAUCAUGCUGGCAUAUGCGAAUACGUCUCUGGUAUGGGCGACCCACGAGACGGUCGCGUCGCGCUUCGAUACCUUGCGGAGCUCGUCGUGGAUGAUGACCAGCUUCACCAUUGGCUACUGCGUCACUCUCCCUCUGUACGGGCGGUUAAGCGACAACUAUGGCCGCCUGCGGCCCCUCAUUGCAUCCUAUUCUAUCUUUUCCUUUGGCUGCACUCUCUGUGGGGUCGGUCAAACGUACUGGCAGGUGGUCCUCGGCAGAAUCAUCACUGGCUGUGGUGCUUCGGGCAUCAUCUCUCUGGCCUCGAUAGUCAUCACAGACAUUGCCCCGCCCUCCGACGUCGCUGUGUUGCGGAGUUAUGUCAAUGUCGCUUCAUCAAUCGGACUGGCCUCCGGUGGUCCCGUGGGAGGCUUGCUUGUAGGAACCUUCGGCUGGAGAUGGUCCUUCCUGGGCCAGGUUCCGAUCGUCGCUAUCUGCUGUUUAUUGACUGCACGAGGCCUCCAAAAAUAUCUGCCGCAUGUUAAAGAAGAAGAAGAAGAGGAGGAGGAGGAGGAGUAUGAAGAGGAGGAGCGGGAUUCAAUCAACUCGGAAGCGGCAAUGAAGUCACCAACGAUGUCGUUCGAUUACCCUGGGGCUAUAUUCCUGGCAAUCGGCAUGGCAUCGUUCCUGACCGUCAUAGAUCUGCAGAGUCAGCUCUCUUGGGGUCAUCCGGUUAUCAUCGGCACCACAUCUCUCUGCGUGCUGUCCGUCUUAGCCUUUUUUGCAUUUGAGACGUGGCCGGGCAACCGCGAGCUCUUGAUCCCCUUGCGGCUGUUGAAGACGGGCGUUGGCGCUUACUGUGCCGGACAAUUUAUUUCCCAAAUCGCACCGUACUUUUCUAAUACGCAAGGCCUAUCAGAUGCCCAAGCCGGAGGCCAUAUCGCCCCUUCGAGCUUCGGCAGUGCUCUGGGUAACCUCUUUGCUGGUCAGAUGAUCAAAAGAUUUGGAAGCUACAAGAAGCUUUCGCUGACUGCCCUCUUCCUCUCCAUCGCCACGUCGCUGCUGAUUCUGGUCCAAUGGUCGCAUCCCAUCGGAGUUCUCGCGGGCCUAGCCGUCUUCCCGUUUGGUUUCUUUGGCGGCAUCAUCCUCUCGACGCAGUUCAUAGGCCUCUACAACUGCGCCUCGAAGCCUGAGAUGGCCACCGCCAUCGGCAUGUACUACAUGAGCCAGCAGAUCGGCAUUGCGCUGGGCAUCAGCUGCACCUCGAGCCUGCUGAAGCGGCAGUUCCAGGCGACGCUCGAGCAGCGCCUCGUCGGCAUCCCGCACUACAUGGAGAUCAUCAAGAAGAUCCUGACGGACUCUUCCGUCGUCGCGGCCCUCCCCGCGAGCGUCCGGCUGCUUGUCGCCCGGUGCUUCAUGGCGAGUUUCUGGGUCGUGCCUGCAUUCUCCAUCGCGACCCAAGUCUUCGCCGUGCUCCCCAUGGCUCUCGCCCGAGAGCGCCGCGCGGGUGAUCGCGGGAAAUCAGAGACGGAGCAAGUGGCUGUUUCUGGGGCUGGGAUAGAUGCGUAG